CUCUUCAUGCCAUGUCUCCCAGUGUGUGACUGUAGCAUGGUGUGUGUCUCUACUUAUUUAGAUGCUCUUCGACCUUUCUUAUCGGGUACUUGUGUUUUCUAGCUCUAUGACUGUCUUAAUUAUAGUUCAUUAGCUUACCAUUCUAGGUCUCAGUCCACAGGUGCUCAUGUACAUGUCUCUUCUCAGAUAUCCAAGUGAUCCCGACCUCGAGAACCUAGCUCCAUCAUGUAUGUGGACAUCAUUUUCUUGUCUGUUCCCUUCUGAACAUCAGUGUUGGUUAUUUUAGUCUUUUACCAGUGACUUCUGAUGACCUAGCAAAUAACACCACACACUGCAGUACUGUGAAGAUAUUCGCAAGGAUUCAGCAGUGAUUCAGUGACAGCAACAGAUUUGUGUUCAUCCGGGUGACUCUGGAUAGCAAUGAUGCCUCCACACAAGUGGUAUGCUGCCCGCUCAGCUCAGGUGUCAAGGGAACAAGGCUGCCUUCGUACAAUAAAGAAGGAAGAGGAGAAGAAUGGCUAUAUUUCAGUGCAGACUGCCAGGCCACAGACACUUAACCGCCCUGGCCAGGAGCUAUUCCGUCAGCUCUUUAGACAGCUUCGCUAUCAUGAAUCUUCUGGGCCCUUAGAAACUCUGAGCCGGCUCCAGGAGCUCUGCCGCUGGUGGAUGAGACCUGAUGUUCUUUCCAAAGCACAGAUGUUAGAAUUGUUGGUGUUGGAGCAAUUCUUGAGCAUCCUGCCUGGAGAGCUCCGGACAUGGGUGCAACUCCAUUGCCCUGAGAGUGGCGCAGAGGUUGUGGCCCUGCUAGAAGAGCUGCAGAGGGAUCCUGACGGAACACCACUGAAGGACCCAUGCCUUACUCAGAAUCCAGAUGUGCAUUGGAUAGGCACUGGCGCUCUGCAGCCCGCACAGAUAUGUUCCCCUGCAUCACAUCUCAGGAACAGUUCUGCUCUCGAGGACCACUUGGAGACGCCACGUGGAAUAGGAGUUUGUGACUUCCCGGCUGAACAAGCUGAUCCUCCUGCUGUCUCGGUGUCUGACUAUUUCCAGAUAGAAGAGGGCAUAAAAUACCAGGAAGUUUUGACUUUCCAGGAUGUGGUGGUGACAUUCUCUCAAGAAGAGUGGGGAUGUUUGAACUCAGCUCAGCGCAAUCUUUAUCGGGAGGUCAUCCUGGAGAAUUAUGGGAAUGUCGUUUCUGUGGUGGGCUCCUCUUCCAAACCUGCUCUGAUCUCCUGGCUAGAAGCAAGGAAGCCAUGGGGCGUGAAUAUCUGCACAGUUCAGUUUAAGAGGGGUCUCAGUGCUGUGCCAGAAGGAGGUAAGCUUCAAAAUAAGUCAAGCAAAUUCAUCUUGAAACAGAAACCUUCAGAAUACACAGAAACCCGUGUAAAACCAUCAGUACGUUCGGAGACAAGUGCUUCUGAGGAAACAGAGCUUAAAGAAUCUUUUAAACAGAGGAACAGGCUUCAGAAGUCCUGUGGAGACUCCAUACAAAUGAAAGAGAUGAAGGAAGGAACUGACAUUAGUCAAAGGACAGGAAGAGAAUCGGAAGUACUGAGAACCAAUGAUAUUCUUGAGUUAAAACAUGUUAAGUGUGUGAGUGUUUCUAGGAACAAGCUAUCCUUUAAACAUGGCUAUAACACAAACUUCAGAAAAAGUUCACACCGUUAUAAUAAUAAAUAUGGGGAAGGGCUCAGAGACAGAGUUGAGAGGUUUGGUGUGUAUCAGCAUACAGGACUGAAAGACAGUAAAAAGGACAGGUGUGGGGAGACCUUAAGGAAGAGCUCCUGUUCCCAUUUUGAAUAUCAUCAGAGAUGUCGUAGUCAAGGAAACCUGUUCAAAUGCAAGGUGUGCGAGAAAGCCUUCAGGUGGCGUUCAAACUGUAUACGUCAUGAGAAAAUUCACACUGGAGUGAAACCUUACAAAUGCAGUUUAUGUGAGAAAGCUUUCCAACGUUUGUCUGCCUACCGUCUACACCAGAAAACCCAUACUAAACAGAAAUAUGAAUCCAGUAAGUACAAAAAUGCUCUCACCUACAGAUUGAAUGUCAGUCUUCAUUUGACAGACCAGGAUGAGGAGAAAUACUUUCACUGUAACCAAUGUGGAAAAAACUUCUCCUGUAAGUCCUAUGCUCUUGCACACCAAAGGAUUCACACGAAGGAGAAACCUUAUAAAUGUACCAGAUGUAGGAAAACCUUUCGGUGGAAGUCAAACUUUAAUCGUCAUAUGAAGUUACAUCACAAAGAGGUCUAUAAACAAGAGAAAUACCGAGAAGACUUCAAGCAGAAUUACAGUCAGUCUCAGAUUAUCUCUACUAUAGAGAAAACUUUUCCAUGUCAGAAUUGUGGGAAAGCUUUUACUCAAAAGAAAUCACUCAUUGAGCACCAGAGGAUUCAUACAGGGGAGAAACCAUACCAGUGUAGUGGGUGUAGGAAAACAUUUACCUAUAGGUCAUCUUAUAUUAUUCAUAUGAAGCGAAAGCAACAUGCUGUUAAAAUAAAACCUGAACCUGGCCACCUACCUUUUAGUCAGGGUACAGUGUUUCCCAUUCCUCAGCAUAGUCGUAACACAGAGGAGCCUAAUAAAUGUAAAUACUGUGGCAAAGUCUUUCAUAAUCACUCCUUUCUUCUCAUUCAUGAGAGAAUUCACACUAGAGAGAAGCCCUAUAAGUGUAGGGAGUGUGAAAAAGCCUUCCGAUGGAGUUCCAAUCUCUCCAGACAUGAGAGAAAACACUUUUUGCACAAGCGGUAUGAGUAUCAUGAAAGUAAAGAGACUUCAAAUCUGCAGUCAAAAUUCCUCAUUGAUCAGAAGCCCUUUUGGUGUCAAGAAUGUGGGAAAACCUUUACACGUAAAAGAAGCCUUUUAGAUCAUAAGGGAAUACACAGUGGAGAGAGACGCUUUAAGUGCAACUUCUGUGAAAAAUCUUUUGAUAGAAACUAUCGACUUGUUAAUCAUCAGAGGAUCCACACUACAGAGCAGUCUUUUCAAUCUCAGUGGCAUGAUAAAGACUUUGUUGACCAGAGAAAACAUAGCACAUCACUGCAGUCUGAAUAUGGCCUACAUGUAGAUAAGCCUGGCUUAUCUUACUGUCAGGACGGAAGGUUAAAUAUUCAGGAAUUAGGACUGAGUGGAAAGCCCCAUAAAGAGUGUGAUGAGAGUUCCAAGUCCAUUCCAUUCCAGAAUGUGUCCACUAAGAAGAAAGCCUGCCACAAGUGCAACACUUGUGGGAAAACAUUUAGGAAGCAUUCACAUCUCACUAGCCACAAGAGAUGUCACUCAAAAGAGAGGCCCUUCAAAUGCCCAGUGUGUGAGAAGACCUUCAGGUGGUCUUCCAAUUUGACUCGGCAUGUGAAGAACCAUGUUAGAAAUUAGCCUGGGGUCUUUGAUGACAGUGGGGGUGGGGAAUAGUUCCUGGUUACAUUUCUAGAGAACUUUAUUUGUAGGCACUGGGGAAAACCUUUGUAAAGGCCCAGUCCUUUCUGGCUUGGAUGUCCCUGGUGUUGAAUCUUGAUGAUUUCAAAACUCGGGGGCUUCUCAGUCUUCGCAGUCUUCUGCUGAAGAGUCAUGCUAGGAAUGAACGAAGUGUUCCCGGGGGUCCUGUAGAGGUCCUGGCCCUCAGCUUAGCCCAGGACUCUGACCCCAGGUCUCCUUAGCUAGUUCUUGCUGUUUGUGAUUGGAAAGCAUGUCUGUAGCCUAGUAAGCUGUGUCUGUUGGGAAGGGCCCAGUUAGACCCUCAGUCUUUAGGGUCGGCUUGUGUUGGUGCCUGUUCUAUUGACUUUAAAACCAAGAACUUAUAUUCUCAGAUGUCUCCUCUAGUUACGGCUUCAGUUUAUAAUUGAUAUUUUGUUAUUAACUGUGGUUCUAAAGUAGUCUCAGUGGCAAGUGAAAAGGACAGGGUGCUGGGUUCCAUUGCUUGAUCUAGACAGGCAGCAUUGAUCCAUUAUUCAGCUGAGAUACAAGAGCAUUCCCCAUGUGCCAGUGGCAAGAACAGACAAAACCCUGCUGUUUUUGGAUCUAUACGUCACUAAAUGAGUUAGAUCAUAUUCUGGAUGGUGAUAUGUGUUGAGACAGAGAAGAGUGGCAAGGAAUCUGGUUAGGAUGUGGAUUGUAAUGUUAAACAAGCUGUCCAGGAAGUAGUGUUGCUGACAGAGUGAAACUAAGUGGGACCAGGUGUUGGGAGACAGUGGCAUCUCUAGGAGUUCCAAGACAGACAGACAGGGCUACAUAGAGAAACCUUAUCUCAAAAAAAUAAAAAAACUAAAACAACAAUUCCCCCCUCCCCCAAAAAAAAACCCAACAAACAAAAUCCUUAAUUGACUAAAAAAGCUAAAGAAAUUGGAUUGGGGAGUGAGCCAUGUUGCUCUAUUGGGAAAAAAUACAAGCUAGAGAAGGUGGGGUCUUGUCUGGUAACUUUAGGGGUAGUAUAGAGUCCCUUGGGUAGAGUAGAGCUGCCUGAAGAAUGGACUGGAAGUGAGGUCUGGGACCAAGCUUUAUUUACAGAGGUAUUGUUUACACAUUAGAUAUAAUGAUGUCUCUGGUAUAGUCCUUUGUUCAUAGUCAUGAUUAUCCUGGAACUUUGGCCUUUAAUGUCUCCUGUUCCCAUCUCUUCAGGACUCUUAACUGCCAGUGUAACCUGGGUUCCCAGUUAUGCUUGUCACUGCAGCCUGACCAAGCACUUGGGAAAGCUGUGCUAGGGUGCUUAUGUUGACAGAUUUUGCAAAACAAUCAAACCAACAAAAUAUGCUGCUUCUCCAAUCUGGAAAAAUGAGUCUGUGCAGUACUUGUGUUGCUCUUGCCUGGGUUCAGUUUCUAGCAUACACAUGGCAGCUCACAAACAUCUACAGUGCCAGAGAAUCCCAUGCCGUCUCCUGAGUUAUAUGUGCACCAGGCAUGCAUGUGGCUUACAGACAUGCAAACAAAACACUCAUACAAAGUACAUUUUAAAACUAGCAUGGGUAUAUAUAUAAAAAAUAUGUAUUUUAAAAUAGCCUCUCAGAGAGAAUCUAGUUCUGCCAAGUCAGGAGUAGAACUUUGUUUUAAGUGGGUCUUGAUCAGACAGGUUGGGGGGUGCUUUACAAAACAGGCCUUGAGUCAAGUAUUGAAUCAAAGUCGUACUCAAAAGUCCACAGCUGCUAGGUAUGAGCCCAAUUAUUGAUGGUUUUGAGUGGUAGAGUGCCGGUUGACAGUUUAUCGUCUUGGCAACCGUAUCUAAUCUUAUACUUGAACUCGGCCUGGAAAGCAGCCUUCUUUCUCUCCACUGCCUGAGGAACUGAAGUUGCGGAUGGGCUAGACAGAUGGGCUAGACAGAUGGGCUGAGGCCGUUAUGGAGUACUGGAUAUAUUGGAUGGCCUCUUACUCACCUGGCUAGUGUGAUCAGUUACAUCCUUACUGAUGGAUAUCAAACCAGUGUGCAGAGAUGAAACCAUGUGGACUUUCUUAGUAAUCUCUUAGAGAAAUUGAAAGCUUAAGUAUGAAAUAGGUGGAAUAACUGGGGUUCAGACCCCCUUGUAAAUGGAAAUAAAGACGUGUUGCCAGGCAACUUGGAAAGUCUUAUAAAACUGUGUAUUCUAUCCAGUGGGUCCCUUCCUGGACCUGUGUGAAGAGUGAUGAACACGAGUCAACUCACUACAAGUGUUUACAUAGUGGGACUGGCAGAAUCCUGUCUGCCAUUAGCAGAACAGACAAUGGAGGAGAUGCUUGGUACUUAAGAAAGAAUAUAAUUAUAGCCCAGUGUGGUGGUACACACUGUAACCCUAGUGUGGGAUGUCAAAGCAAGAGGACCAAAAGUUCAGAGCCACCUGCGGAUAAAGAAUGACAAGAUCCUGUUGCAGCAACUACAAAGAAGGACAAAAGGGGACAGUUAUAGAGUGUGGAAGACUUACAUCCUCCAGCUGAGAAAGCUACGUGAAGAGUUGCAGACGCUGUAUAUAAUACACCAUUUAUAUGAAUUGUAAGCACAUUCACAGUGCUCACAUCACUUCCACUGGUCUGGGUUUCAUUAUUCUAUAUGUGGGAUGGAGUUUUAACCUCAUAGGGUGGUGGUGGGGACAGUAAUGAAAUGCAUGUGUGACACUGAGACUGGUGUCUGUCAUAACCAUUCCUGAUGUAUAGUAGAGUUAAUUUUCUGUGGAUUCAAAAAACAUGACAUAAAAGUGUAAACUUAUGAAAUGGGAUGAUGUAUGCAAUACUUCUCCAUAUUCUCUGGGUAUUGGAUGCUAGUGUAAUCAGAAUGGAAACAUUCUUUACUUGUUUUUCUAAUUAUUGAUGUUUUUCUAAUUAUUGAUACAACUUAAGGUUAUGAUUUAACAGGAUACUAUGGUGACUUCUUUUAGCUGUUAAAGUAUAUAAAAAUAAACAAAAAUUAAUCAUGGCCUCUGAAA